ACUGUUGGUUUACUCUGUUUGUCUUUUUGAAACUUGUCUGCUAAGUUUUUGCUAAAAUUUAAAAUGCAGAUCCUAACUUCAAAUAUGGCACAAAGAGGUGAGAGCUCAGACACUACACCUGCAGAAGUGCUUGCUGCUGUUCCUGACGAAAUGUUACCCAUAUUUGAGCAGAUUUUAGCAUUGACUGACCCACAACUUCAACCAUUAGUGGCUGAGGUCUUUCGUAUCGUUCCGCAUGAUAUUUUAUUAAGCAUAAUGAGAACUAAACCUGAUUCCAAAGUUAAAGUCACCGAAUACAUUGACGAUUCAAGUGGAGAUAUCAAGCAUGUGAGAUUUGCAUCGUAUAUCAAACGCAGGAUCUUUCCCGUUUGCUUAGAUGAUGUGGAUUGGGCAAUCAUUAUGGGGAUAGUGGCAAACCAACUAGAUCACGAUAUUUGCUGGGCUGUCGUUGCAAGAGAUCUUAUAAGGGCAGUGAGAUUGAUUAACGGUCGUGACACAGAUCCUAACAUAGAGUACUCUGUGCAAGAUUUGAUUGAUUUUACAGAUCCGGUGCAGCGAAGACAAGUUCGCAAUGACGGUCACUACUGCUACACCUCAAGCAUCAACAGAGGAAUGCGUUACGUAAUGGAAAAUGGGAUUCAAAGAGAAGAAGAUAGACCAUUCACGGGAUGUCCUCAAUAUAUUCCUGAUCGUGUCUUAUCGGGAUUAGGGUACAUCAAAGACUUCAAGAGAAUAGAUACAAUCGAGGAAGCGCUUCUCCAACUUAAGCACCAACCCAUCGGAGCUGCUGUGGCAAUGUUUUUCCCAGAGUACAAUGAAAUUGGAGAAAAUGUAAGUUAUGCGUUGUUUUGCAGUGUUAAAUUUAUCAUGCAAGCUAAUAUUGGUUUGGUUUUUUGUUUGAAGAUCUAUCGAGGGCCUGUACUUCAAAGGUCAAGGCUCGUUGGACUGCAUGCCGUUUCACUAGUAGCAGCAGAUGAGGAGAAUGGGGAAAAAUACGUAGUGGCGAGAUCAAGUCAUGGCGAUAAGUUUGGAAAAAACGGUUACAUGAAGAUCUCAAUAGAUAUUAUGCUUGUUUAUGUACCCACUCCGGGUGAAGAGAUUAACACUAAGGCGAAUACCUACUUUGCUGAACCAAGUCCAUUGCUCAGAAGAUUCAGCUAUCCGAGAUUACUCUCACGGGAAGAGGAAGAGAGGCGGAAGAAAAGGCAUGGAGCUAGUAAACUCAACUGAGUCUGUGUUUGUGAAGUGAAAACAAGAGUUUGAUUUUGUCUUUUGCUACUAACAACUGUCUGCAUCGUUUGCAAAACACUUUUAGUUUAUCUCAUCGCAUCAAGUGUUUGCACAUCAAAGUAAUUUCCUUGAAACAAGAUAUAAGAUAGUUGAUAAAAGCGCACAUCUUAAAUAGAGCAUUUUAAUUAUAAAAAAAAA